AUGGUUAAAUUACAACGUGUCCAACGUCCAAAAACCCAACGUGGUAAACGUGCAUUAAAAGAACGUGAACCAAAAUUACUUGAAAAUGCUCGUUCAUUAUUAUGCAUUCGUGGUAAUAAAACAAAUAAUGUGAUGAAAAUUUUAUUAAAAAAUCUUCAUUUACUUAAAUCACCACAUUCAAAAAUGUAUCAACGAAAAAAUCUUGAUAUUUUACCAUUUGAUAGUACAUCGAAAUUAGAAUGGUAUUGUCAAAAAUCCGAUUGUUCAUUAUUUGCAUUUGUAACAACAAAUAAAAAACGACCAAAUAAUCUUGUUUUAGCACGUUUACAUAAUCAUAUUACAUUAGAUAUGUUUGAAUUUGAAUUAAAUAGUAAAACAUUUCGUUCAUUAGACGAUUUUAAAUGUGAAAAAUUUGCAACAGGAAAUAAACCAUGUUUAUUAUUUCAUGGUGAAUUAUUUGAUAAUGAACCCGAUUAUAAGCGUUUAAAAUGUUUUCUUACUGAUUUUUUUCGUGGUGAAAUAAAUAUGAAAGAAAUUGAUCUCAAUGGUCUUGAACAUGUUAUGACAUUUACAAUUGAUUCACAAACAAAACUAUUGUCUAUACGUGUUUAUCAUGUUGAAUUAAAAAAAUCUGGUCAUCGUAUACCACGAAUUGAAUUAAAUGAAAUUGGACCACAUAUUGAUUUAACUGUUCGUCGAACAAAAUUAGCAUCAGAUGAUUUUUAUAAGAAAACACUUAAACAACCAGAUGCUAUUAAACAAAAGAAAGUUAAAAAUGUGACAACAAAUGAAUUAGGUACAAAAAUGGGUCGAAUACAUAUGGAAAAACAAGAUUAUAAUCAAUUACAAACAAGAAAAAUGAAAGGAUUAAAACGUGGUUUAAUAACAGAAAAUGGACAACAAUCAGAAGAAAAAAGAAAAAAAAUUGAUUGA